AUGUUGUACGAUAUCACCUCCACUCUAAAAAACUGGCAAAAGCAGAGGCGACUUUCGAAAUUCUACCGAACUCAAAAUGCACUGUUGGAAGGUCACAAAGAAGAUAUGCAAAUGAUAACCGAUGAGGAGAGUAAUGAAGCUGCAGAAGAAGAGAAAAGAACUGCAAUGUGGGAUACCAGAAUCACUACUAUGACAAUUGCUCUGAAUAUUGCACUGAUUUUUGCCAAGAGUGUUGCAGCCUACUUCUCAGGAUCAUUGGCUAUUCUCGCUUCCGUUGUUGAUAGUUUCAUGGAUAUCACUUCUGGAAUUGUGGUUUGGUAUGCCUGUUACAAAAUCGAAAGAAUGAAUAGAGAACACUAUCCAGUUGGAAUGAAAAAACUUGAACCUCUUACUGUAGUCAUUGUUGGAAUGAUUAUGCUAUUCGCCAACUUUAUUGUCCUAGAAAAAGCUGUAGUACAAACAAUAGAAGACCGUUUGGAUCCCAGAGUAGAUUUAAUGACUGUCAUUAUACUUUGCACUGGAACUGGCAUCAAAUUCGUUCUAUUCUUGAUAUGCAGAGUUCGCAAGUCAUCGGCAUGUCUUGUGCUCGCCAUAGAUCAGCGCAAUGAUUGCUUAACAAAUGUUGUUGCACUUCUUGGAGCCUGGGUUGGCCAGAACUAUUGGAAGUAUGCAGAUCCACUUGGUGCCUUCCUUGUUUCUGGAUUCAUUAUUAUUACUUGGUUCUUGACUAUUCGGGAGCACAUUCCAUAUUUGAUUGGACGCCGUGCUGACCAGGAAUUCAUCAACAGAAUUACAAAUAUCUCCAUCAACCACGACCAACGCAUCAAAGCGUUGGACACUGUUCAUGUUUACCACUUUGGAGAGAAAUUCCUUGUAGAAGUGCAUGCAGUUUUCGAAGAACCAGCAUCACUUCAAAUGGCGCACGAUGUGGCCGAGAGUUUGCAAGUCAAGUUGGAGAAGCUUCCAUAUGUUGAGCGUGCCUUCGUUCAUUGUGAUUACAAAUUUGACGGGGAUGAACAUGUCUGA